GAUUAAGUAUGUGCGGCACCGAGUCCUUACAGCGCAGGCGUCGAAGUUGCGUAGGGACGAUACGCGUAUCAAGUCAUCAUGCGCGUGUCUUCUCUUCCCUUGCGAAAAUGAAAAUGUUGGCGAGUGCAACACCCAUGUUGGGCGCCGCGUGCUCCUGGCUCGCGCCCAAUAAGCCUUUAACACAUUCGAUAGUGCGUCUUGCUGAGUAACUAAUACUGCCAACCGCCGCUGCUCGUGGGCCGCUUGCGGCGCACAACACGCCUGCGUGCAUGGGCCAAUCGUUGCACGUUGGGGCGUGCAGUGCGAGUAUACAGACCCAGCGCCACAUUGCCCAUUCAAUUGUUUUUCUUGUGCGUUUGUGUGCGACCUCACUCACACAGAAGGGGAAAUGGCCGCUAUGCAGUCGCUUCGUUCGGCAAAGUCGGUCGCUUCUGUGCGCAGCGAGGCUCAGGUGCCUGCCGCCGUUCAGCCUCGCGUUGUGGCCAAGCCUCUGCUGGCCGGUCGCCCUGCGGUCGCUGACAGCUCGUCGCUGCUGGUCGGUCGCGCCGCUCGCCAGAUGCUACGCGCCACCGCCGCUCCUCCCUCGCCGUCGUCGAGCUCGGCGGCCGGCGCGGCGUCCACCGGCAAGCCGCGCGCCCUGAUUUCGCUGUCCGACAAGACCAACCUCGACAUGCUCGUCAAGGGCCUGAAGGAGCUGGGCAUUGAGAUUGUGUCGACCGGCGGCACCGCCACCACCAUCUCCAACUCGGGUGUGCCUUGCAUCAAGGUCGAGGACGUGACUGGCUUCCCCGAGAUGCUGGAUGGCCGCGUCAAGACGCUGCACCCCGCAGUGCACGGCGGCAUCCUGGCCAUCCGUGACAAGCCCGAGCACAUGGCGGCCAUUGCGCAGCACAACAUCGGCACCAUUGACCUGCACUGCUCCAGCUACGACGCGCAGGUGUCGGAGUGGCUGUGGAAGCAGGUGGGCUCGGGCCCCGCGCCGCAGAUGACGGUGCCGCUGCAGCUGGAGGCCACCUUGCGCUAUGGCGAGAACCCCCACCAGGCCGCCGCCUUCUACACCGACUCCAGCCUGCGCGAGGCGGGUGCGGGCGGUGUGGCCACCAGUGUGGUGCACUGGGGCAAGGAGAUGAGCUACAACAACUACCUGGACGCCGACGCCGCCUACCAGUGCUGCUGCGACUACACCGAGCCCAGCUGCGUCAUCGUGAAGCACACCAACCCCUGCGGCAUCGCCUCCCGCGCCGACCUGCGUGAGGCCUACCGCCUGGCGGUGCGCGCCGACCCCAUCUCGGCCUUUGGCGGCAUCGUGGCCUUCAACCGGCCCGUGGACGCCGAGCUGGCGCGCGAGAUCCGCGAGUUCCGCAGCCCGCAGGACAACGAGACCAAGAUGUUUUACGAGAUUGUGAUUGCGCCCGGCUACACGCCCGACGGCCUGGAGGUGCUCAAGGGCAAGUCCAAGAACCUGCGCAUCCUGGAGGCACAGCCCCGCGCGCCCUCCGGACUCAGCCUGCGACAGGUUGCCGGCGGCUGGCUGUGGCAGGACGCUGACAGCCUGCAGCCCGAGGCCAUCACCUUCACCUGCGUCAGCGAGGCGCAGCCCACGCAGCAGCAGCUGGAGGACCUCAAGUUCGCCUGGCGCGCGGUCAAGCACGUCAAGUCCAACGCCAUCACCAUCGCCAAGGACGGCAAGCUGCUGGGCAUGGGCUCCGGCCAGCCCAACCGCGUCAACUCGGUCCGCAUCGCGCUGGAGAAGGCGGGCGCCGAGGUGGCCGGCUCCGUGCUGGCUUCCGACGCCUUCUUCCCCUUCUCCUGGAACGACUCGGUCGAGAUUGCGUGCAAGGCCGGCGUGAGCGCGAUCGUGCACCCCGGCGGGUCGCUGCGCGACCAGGACGCCAUCGACGUGUGCAAUAAGUACGGCGUGGUGCUGCUGACCACGGGCGUGCGCCACUUCCGCCACUAGAGGAUGGGAGGUUGGAUGGGUUGAUGGGAGGUUGGGUGGUUGGAUGGAUGUGUGGGUAGAGGGUGGAUGGGGAGAGGGGUAGGAGAGAUAGGUGAAGCGCUAGGUGGAGCAGGCGGAGGUGCUAUUUGGGGGUGGUUGUUGUGGAGGUUUAGGGAAGGGAGGCGGGAUUCGGCUGUUGUGCAGUCGUGACGCGCGCGCUUUGUUGCGGCGUGCGCGUGCCUGGCUGGAUCACAGCGCCCCUGUGGAAGUGCGUAACGUGCGUGUGUUUGACGAUUGUCUCUGCUUCAUAAACUAGGACGGGGUUCUGAUUGAUAUGUGUCGUCAACUGACGUGACCGAUUCACAUGACAGCCUGCAGGGCGCCAGGCAUUUCUUUCUUGACGCGUGCGCUGAUUUGGAGCGUGGCUGGGUUACUUGCUUGUCGAGUAGCGGGCGAUUAGGCAAAUCUCGGACAGAUUAUGACCAGAUGGAAAUGGCCCCGGUUGUGCGGCCGCGUGGGGAGGCCAGGGGGUGUGAGGGGUUCUGCCCACGGUUCUGCUGUUUGGAGUGGGCGUUGCGGAGCAGGCGGGUGAACCGGCAGGGGCAGGAUUCCCCCAGCCGUGCAGCGGUAAACAAGGUUCUUGCUUGACUGGUCCGUGUCCGUGCCAACAUUUUGUGCGCCAGCCGCUUCAGGCGCGAACCGUGGUUCAGCAGCGCUCUCUGUAUUCCUCAAGCGCUUUCGUGGCAGAAAAUUGCAAUGCAGAACUGACGUAUUAAUACACUGAGUGCGCAUGUAUUUAACUCGUG